AUUUCGACUUGUCCCGUUCCUUUCUCUCUCUUUUUUUACUCCACUUUGUUGUUGUAAAAAAAACAAACCAUAACCUCAUCUUUAUAUUUUUAUAUACGUAUAAAUAUAUAAUUUAUAUAAAAUUUGGCUUGAAUGUCGCACCCAGGCAAUAUUGAUCCUAAUUCAGCAGUCUAUGCUACCGAUGAGUAUGGUCGUCCUUUUAUCAUCGUCCGCGAAGGACAGACAAAGUCUAGAUUGAGCGGGAUCGCUGCCAUUCGCUCCCACAUCUUGGCUGCCAAAACCGUAGCCACCAUCAUCAAAACCUCUUUGGGUCCCCGCGGUCUUGACAAGAUCUUGAUUUCCCCCGAUGGCGAUAUUACCGUCACCAACGAUGGCGCAACUAUUCUCGAUCAGAUGGCUGUUGAACAUCAGAUUGCUAAACUUUUGGUUCAGUUGUCCAAGAGUCAAGAUGAUGAGAUUGGAGAUGGUACCACUGGUGUGGUUGUGUUGGCUGGGUCUCUGUUGGAGCAGUGCGAACAGUUGUUGGAUCGUGGUAUUCAUCCUAUCCGUAUUGCUGAUGGCUUCGAGCGCGCUUGCAAUGUCGCUGUUUCUCACCUUGAGUCCAUUUCCGAUACUAUUGAGUUCAGCAAGGACAAUGUCUCUAACCUCAAGAAGACUGCUAUGACCAGUCUUGGCAGCAAAAUUGUGUCAAAGUGUCAUGAACAGUUCGCUGACAUUGCUGUCAACGCUGUUUUGGCCGUUGCUGACUUGGAGCGCAAGGAUGUUGAUUUUGAGCUUAUCAAGGUAGACGGUAAGGUCGGUGGAUCGAUGCAAGAUACCCUGUUGGUCCAAGGUGUUGUCAUCGACAAGGACAUGUCUCACCCUCAGAUGCCCCGUGAGGUUCGUGAUGCCAAACUUGCCAUCUUGACCUGUCCCUUUGAGCCCCCAAGACCCAAGACCAAGCACAAGCUCGACAUCACCUCUGUUGAAGAGUACGAGAAGCUCCAGGCUUACGAGACCAAGAAGUUCGAGGAUAUGAUCAAGCAGGUCAAGGACUCCGGUGCCAACAUGGUUAUCUGUCAGUGGGGCUUCGAUGACGAAGCCAACCACUUGUUGUUGCAGAACAAGUUGCCUGCCGUCCGCUGGGUUGGUGGCCCUGAGAUCGAAUUGAUUGCCAUUGCAACAAACGGUCGCAUUGUGCCCCGCUUCGAGGAUCUGUCCCCUGAGAAGCUCGGUAAGGCCGGAAUUGUGCGUGAGCUGACCUUUGGUACAACCAAGGAUCGUAUGUUGGUGAUUGAGGAGUGUGCCAACACCCGUGCUGUCACUGUGUUUGUACGUGGUGGUAACAAGAUGAUCAUCGACGAGGCUAAGCGCUCGCUCCACGAUGCCAUCUGCGCUGUCCGCAACUUGGUCCGUGACAACCGUGUCGUAUAUGGUGGUGGGUCUGCUGAGAUUGCUUGCUCUUUGGCCGUGUCCAAGGUUGCUGAUGAAAUCUCGUCAAUUGAGCAGUACGCCAUGCGCGCUUUUGCCGAUGCUCUUGAUGCCACACCUCUUGCUUUGGCUGAGAACUCUGGUUUGUCUCCUAUUGAGACCUUGGCCGAAGUCAAGGCUAAGCAGGUCCUUACCGGAAAUCCCCGAUUGGGUGUCGAUUGUCUCUACAAGGGAUCUAACGAUAUGAGAGAUCAGCACGUCUACGAUCCUCUGAUCUCCAAGCGCCAGCAGUUCUUGUUGGCCACUCAGUUGGUCAAGAUGAUUUUGAAGAUUGAUGAUGUUAUCACAACCACUGGUGAUGAAUAUUAAACGAUAGAUAAAGAGAGUCAAAGAAAAGAAAAGAAGAAGAGCCAAAGACCAGAAAAAAAAACAGUGGAUAAAGAGAGACAAAACACAAAAACCACAAAAGACAAAAUACUAAAUACAAAGAGAGAAAGACAAAAAAAAAUUGGUAUUAUUAUUACUAUUUAGUAUUUAAUGUCAAACGAAAACAUAUAUAAAAAGAAAGAAGAAAACAAAAGAGAUAAUUUUUCUUCUAUACAAAACAAAGUAAAACAAAAUAACAAAUGUUCAAUGUUCAAUGUGUAUAUUCUAUUCUAUAAUUUGAUUUAAUUUCGAUCUCUAUUUCAAGUGGUGGAAUCAGUAAAAGAAUCCUUGAAUGACUACUAAAAAGAGGGCGAGGAUUCUGAUACAUAAAUGAAAAAUAAAGAGUAUUUUAUCAUGGGG